UUUAUAUAUUAGAUGAUUCCUUACUGCUCAAAGAGUUCCCCGAAGCAUUGACUUAGUGAAUUGAGAACCCUGCCCGGAGUGAGUGCUCUUGUGUGCGCGUGUGCAGAUGAUGCCGUCGUGCGAGCAGUUCUUCGUGGGCCGCUGCUGGUGGCGGAACACGGAAUUCAACUGCUGCGCCAUCUUCGAGCUGCAGCGCACGGAGGCCGGCUUCUGCUUCUCUUUCAACUCGGAGAUCUCCGAAAUACGUCACGAGGAGCUGGUGAGCAGCCCCCCCGUGCCGCGGCCGCGCCGCACGAGCAACAAGGGCCAGUGGAGCGGCCUGCGCGUGGCCGUCAACACCUCCGUGGAUGUGCCGCCGCGCAGCCUCCCGCCGGGGCUCAGGGUGAGCGAUGCUUCAACUCCAACUCCUCUAGUC